AUGGGGUGUGGGUACUCCUCGUCGGAUUCCGCCGACUUCCCCUCCCUCUCCGCCGCCGCCGUCACCAAGAUCCCGAAGAAGAAGAAGAAGCAAACCCUAACCCUAGCCGAGUACACCAGUGGCACUGCCGUCAAUCCGGGCGCCGGCAAGUUCCAGCCUCCGUCCAGAGCCCUAACCCUAACCCCCGAUGAGCUCCUCGCGCUGCCGACUGGGCCCAGAGAGAGAUCCGAGGAGGAAUUGCAGCGAUCUCGAGGGUUCGGGUACCGUGGGGGGCCGUCUAGGGUUUCGGGGGAUGAGAACCCUAGGCGAGGACCUCCGAGGGAGCCUAGGGAUUUGGGGCCGUCCCGGGCUGAUGAGGUAGAUGAUUGGGGAUCGACGAAGAAAGCUCCGGUGGGGUUUGAGAGGAGGGAGAGGGAUCGAGGGUUCUUCGAUUCGCAGUCGAGGGCUGAUGAAUCGGACAGCUGGACAUCAAAGAAGGGGACUUUGCCUCCGGCGAACGAAGCAAGGGGAGAAAGGAGGGGUUUUGAUUUCCGUAAGGAGAGAAGUAAUGGGAACGGAGUUGAUUCUGAUAGCUGGGGAAAGAAGAGGGAGGAGAAUGGAGGAAGUUCGAGGCCGAGGCUCGUGCUUCAGCCAAGGACACUGCCGGUCGUUAAUGGGGUUAAUGGGGAGGAGGAGAAGGAGGUGGAGGUGAAGAGUAAAGGGUCGAAUCCUUUUGGAGCGGCGAGGCCGAGGGAGGAGGUUUUAAAGGAGAAGGGGAAGGAUUGGAAGGAGAUUGAUGAGAAGCUUGAGGCUGUGAAGAUUAGGGAACCGAAGGGUAAUGCUUGGAGAAAGGAGGUUGGGGUGGGUAAUGGGUUGAAGGAGGAGAGGACCGAGAGGACUUGGAGGAAGCCGGAAGCGUGUGAUGCUACUUCACCAGCACCAAGUGUAGAUGCAGUGGAGGAGCAAUUGCAAGAGAACUGAGAGUUUUAUGACAUCAAAAAAAAAAAAAAAAAAAAAA